AAGCUGUAAUAGUAAUAAGCUAUAAAACAAAAUGUUAACAAGACUAAAAUUCAAACGAGAUUUCAGGUUGAUUGUGAGAUGUUUGUCUGAAAAACCACCAGAAAAAGAUGGAAAAGUACCAAAUGUAGAAGACAAAGAUGAUAAAGUACAAAAUAAAAGUAAUUCUGAGAAUCCAACAGAAAAAAUUCAAGCUCUUCUCAAAAGCAUGAUGGCAGCGCCUAAAAUAAGCGAAAGCGAAUAUACAGAAAAGUUCACUGUAGCUCCUGAAAGAAAACAGAAACCAAAAGUUGAUGAUACAGAAAGGAACACACAAAAAAUAGAGGAGAAUCUUACAAAAGCGGCAGAGGAUGUUGCUCAAGCAAUUGGUGGAGAUGUGAAGCAUACUGAAGCUGAAUUGUUGUCAAAGGUUCUCGGUAAAAUUAAUCAGACCUCUACAAGUUUAAGCGACUUAUUAGUAGGAAUGAAAGUGGAUAGAAUGAAGGAAAGUGAUGAAGGUUUCAAAACGGAAACUAGGGGGCAGCAAGUUAAACGACUUGUGGAGAGGGCACGGACGGAAGCUCCAAAAACCAGAUUUGCACAAAGGAAAGAAUUUGUUAAAAAGAGCUUACCCCAAGCUACUGCAGUCAAUAUAUUUGGUGGAGAACCUUUAGGUAUAUUUAAAGCUAAAGAAGAGAAUUAUGGCACAAAGCUUGAUAUGUGGGACAGAUUGAACCAAAGGGAGUUAGAUCUUGCCACCUUACAACCACCUGCUAAUUACUUCCAGAAGAUGAUACAGUGGACAGAGCAGGGGAAAGUCUGGAAGUUCCCUAUUAACAAUGAACAAGGACUUGAAGAAGAAAAUAAUGUACAUUUUUCUGAGCAUAUUUUCUUAGAUGUUCACUUAGAAGGUUGGUGCCCAACCCGUGGGCCGAUCAGACAUUUCAUGGAGUUAGUGUGUGUUGGUCUCUCUAAAAAUCCAUUCUACACAGCUCAGGAGAAGAAAGAUCACAUUAUGUGGUACAAGGAAUACUUUGAAUCUAAGAAGGAUGUAUUAUUAGAAGUGGGUGCGUGGGAUGUUAAACCUAAUGAUAAGGAAGCUAAUGCGUAAACAUAAAUUUAUUAUAGUUGUAGAAAAUUAUUAAAAUAUUUAAAUCUG